GUCAUAUCUCUAUUUAUGCAGAACAAACUCGUCACCUGCCUAACCAAGAAAAAAAAAAGGCAUUUCAUUGGCCACUGUAACUCUAAUUUUUGUUGUUAUUGUUGUAAUGAAGAGUGAAUUAGAGUCUUUGACAAAGUCUUUGGGUGUAUUUGAAAAGUUAGAGGAAGGACUAGAUUCAUUUGAAGAACUGAUACCAAGAUCAGCGUCCGAACUACAGCAUGUAUUGCACAUUGAUCAAGCUUCAGUCGAAUCUAUCCUUGACGCUGCUUCAGCCGAGGCUUACGACUGGAGAUUGAGAGAAAAGGCAGGGAGGGAGCUUGUAGAUAUACAAUCGAAUACGACAUUAACAACAGGCGACGAUACAAUAGAUAAGCUACUAGGAGGUGGUAUACCACUCGGAACGAUCACUGAGAUUGUAGGAGAAAGGUAGCUGUGAUGUAUAUAAAUUCGUUCAAAUCAGAGGAAUAAU